AUGUCGUCCCGCGACAACUCCUCUGGCAAUCCCUUGCCUACCUACGACGGCCAGGUUCCCAACGGCGCACCACCGACAUACGCCGCCUUUUCCCCCGUCACACUAUCCGCCAACACUCCCUCCCGAUCCGCCCGUCGAUCUACUAUCCUGGUGCAUCAGAAGAGUCCUCUCCUCCUUGCGACGCCUCCCCAGGUCACCCGCGCCCUUGCUUACAGCCACCCGUUUAUACUGCCUCUCAAUACCCUUGCUGGCCUCUUGACAUGGAGCUCCGGGGACCCGUGGCAGAGCUUCCUGCUCUUGUGCGCAUUCUGGGCUGUCACGCUAUACGGUGACAUUGUCGUCAGAUGGGUUGGACCUGUGGUGGUCGGUGCCUCGCUCAUCGGGGGUAUGUACGGUAGGAGAUACAGCCCUCUGAGUAGUAGUGGAUGGAACGAACCAGGCAGGGAAUCCAAAGAUGGACGUCCAAAGAAUGCAGGAGCAGGAGGGCCGAGCCAGCCGAAAGGAAACCUGGCCAAUACGAGCGAGAAGCAGACCAAACAUGCGAGGAACACCUCCGAGGUCACCAACACGAAGCACCAGAAGACUCUAGACGAAAUCGUCGAUACUCUGAAAGAGCUCACCGGCAGGUGUAAUGCGCUGCUGGAGCCUCUUAUCGAGAUGACAGACUUUUUGAGCACGCAGCGUACUCCCACCAGUGCUACGACCAGACCGGCACUUACAGCCCUCUUUAUGCGCCUUCUCAUCAUCACACCUUUCUGGAUGAUUCUAGCAGCCCCGCCGUUGAAACUGAUAUCGACAAGACGGGUCGUCUUAGUAGCUGGCACCCUUAUUCUGACAUGGCACUCUCGGGUCAUGCGGGUGUCCAGGGCGAUUCUGUGGCGGAGUACCAUGGUUCGACGGGUGGCCACCAUCACUACAGGCCUAGAAUUUGAAAAGCCCGUUAAAGCUAUGAAGCCCAAAGAUUUUGCAGCUAAGAAGGGCAGCAUCAAAGCGGGCAAGAGUGAAUCAGAGCUUACCAAGGCUAUAAAGUCACCAAGUCUAAACGUCAACCACCGGAGAUCUGGCAGCGACAAGAGUGCCGGAGUCAAAUUUACAUUUAUCAUAUACGAGAACCAGCGCCGAUGGGUCGGGUUGGGCUGGACCACCAGUUUAUUCGCUUACGAGCGACCGGCGUGGACGGACGAGCAUAACAAUCCUGUCCCGCCCAAAGAUGAAUUUGAGCUUCCCGAAGUUGAGGAUGAGAGCAACAUGCGAUGGAAAUGGGCGUCUGGUAGCCGAUGGCGAGUGGACGGGGUUGCGGAUGACCAUGGGCUUGUGGACUACGACGGUGAUGUAGGCAAGACUGGAUGGAUUUACUAUGAUAACAAGUGGGCGAAUGGUCGCAGGGGUCAGGAUGGUUGGGGAAGAUGGACCCGACGCAGAAAAUGGUAUCGCGACGCAGAGCUGGUCGAGAUGGAGGAGAAGCCGGCCGCCCAUGAGCUAGACGCAAGCUUGCCAAAAGUGACGGUAUCGGAGCUGCACAGCGGGUACAGUACCGUUGGGGAGAAGAUGGUGACGCCUAGUAUGCGCGUGGAGCCAGUCCUGCCUCAACUCGACCAUUCGAUAGCAGAGCAUCUUCCUCACUCUGCGGAUGACCAUUCCAGCAUCGCCACUGUGGGUGAUGACUCCCUGUCUCUUGCAUCGACAUCGUCCAAGUCUUGGGGCUUCCGGGCUCCGUCUCUGCGGAGACGGCCAACCGACCGGUCAUCAGUGGAUAGAGACCUGAACCGGCGGGCGCGGAGGACGAGUGAUGUAUUCGCUGAUGAGGAUGAGAGUACGAGGGGAUUGGGUAUUGAAGUCGAGACGGAGAUACACAAGGGGGGGAAGGACGGCGGACAGUGGGGGAUUAGCGAAGAGUCGAGGAUGAGUCUAGAGUAA